AUGUCCUCAAUAGAUCCGCAACGCCCAGACGUCGUGGCAUUCAUGGCAGAAGCCUCCGCCACGCUAAAUCGGCAUCUCCCAUCGCCAAAGGACGUCUUCAGCUUUGGCGACGACGACGCCAGACUCAACGAUUCCCUGCUCGCGCUCGUCCUGGACGGCAAGAAGACAGGCACCGCCACCUUUCCCAUCCCCGAGCCUCUCCACUGGGGGCCCGGCGACUACGCAGUAGUCGUCGACAGCAAGGGCCGACCGCGGGCUGUCAUCCGCACCGUCUCGUUCGCCAGGUGUCCCUUCAAAGAUGUCACGGAGGACUUUGCCCUGUCUGAGGCGGAGGGUGAUUACGACACGUGGCGUAAGUCGCACAUUUGGUUCUGGAAGGACAACCAGGGCGAGGCCGAUUUCUCUGAGGAGAGUAUCGUGCUGUGCGAGAGGUUCGAGCUGGUGUAUCCCAAGGCUUCUGCUGCUUAA